AUGAACACCACGGAUAUGGCAGACACCACCAUGGAUGACAGCAUCUAUAACAAUUACUAUCUCUACGUGAAUAUGCCCGAGCCUUGUACCAAAAAAGGCAUCAAAGCAUUUGGGGGGCUGUUCCUGCCCCCGCUCUACUCCUUGGUCUUUCUGUUUGGUCUGCUUGGAAAUUCCAUGGUGGUUCUGGUCCUGUUCAAGUACAAGCGGCUCAGGUCCAUGACUGAUGUGUACCUGCUCAACCUGGCCAUCUCGGACCUGCUCUUCGUGCUCUGCCUCCCUUUCUGGGGCUACUAUGCGGCAGACCAGUGGGUUUUUGGACUAAGUCUCUGCAAGAUUAUUUCCUGGUUGUACUUGGUGGGCUUCUACAGUGGCAUAUUCUUUAUCAUGCUCAUGAGCAUAGACAGAUACCUGGCAAUUGUGCACGCAGUGUUUUCCUUGAGAGCCAGGACCGUGUCUUAUGGGAUUAUCACCAGCCUGGUCACCUGGGCAGUGGCUGUAUUCGUUUCCCUGCCAGGCCUUUUAUUCAGCACUAGUUACACAGAAGAAAAGCAUACUUACUGCAAAACCAAGUACGCGCGCAACUCCACACGGUGGAAGGUUCUGAGCUCCCUGGAGAUCAACAUUCUGGGGUUGGUGAUUCCCUUAGGGAUCAUGCUUUUUUGCUACUCCACGAUCAUCAGGACCUUGCAGCGCUGUAAAAACGAGAAGAAGAACAAGGCGGUGAAGAUGAUCUUUGCCGUGGUGGUCCUCUUCCUGGGGUUCUGGACACCGUACAAUGUCGUGCUCUUUCUGGAGACCCUGGUGGAUCUAGAGGUCAUCCAGGACUGUGCCUUUGAAAGACACCUGGACUAUGCCCUUCAGGCCACAGAGACCCUGGCUUUUGUCCACUGCUGCCUUAACCCAGUCAUCUACUUUUUCCUGGGGGAGAAAUUUCGCAAGUACAUCAUCCAGCUCUUCAAAAUGUGCGGGGGCUCCUCUGUGCUCUGCCAGUACUGUAGGAUCCUCCAGAUUUACUUCCCCGACCCCUCCAGCUCAUCUUACUCACAGUCCACAGUGGAUCACGAGCUCCAUGAUGCUCUGUAA